AUGGCAACCAGAAAAGCCGUCACCGUUCUGGAGGAGAUUCCGGUGGCUCCACUGCCGGAAGGGACACCCAAUCUCACUCUUCCUCUCACAUUUCUUGACUUUCCAUUUCUGCACAUGAGCCCAGUUCACCGCCUCAUCUUCUAUCAACACCCCAUCUCAAGAACCCACUUCCUAGACAGCCUGAUUCCGACCAUGAAACAUUCUUUAUCUCUUAGCCUUCGCCACUACAGUCCCCUUGCAGGCAGACUGAUUGUUUCUCCCGACAAUUCCAUCCUGCCGGAAAUUCGAUUCCAGGAAGGCGACACCGUGCCGUUAGUCUUUGCGGAGGCCAAUUCAUCAGGCGAGUGUCAUUUCGAUGAUCUCACGUCGGACCACGCAAGAAGUUGUACGGAACUCCAUCCUCUUGUUCCGAGCUUACCGCCGGCUUCGCGUGAGCCAGACGGCGGCUCAGUCAUAGUCCCCGUGCUUGCGUUACAAGUGACGUUAUUUCCCGGCGUCGGGGUUUGCAUCGGAGUAACCAACCACCACGCAAUUGGUGACGCUAGUAGCAUCUUUGGGUUCAUGAAGGCUUGGGCUUUCCUUUCUAGUCACGAACACGAAACCAGUACUUUACCGGCUGAAUUCCGACCAUUUUACGACAGAACAGUGCUCAAAGAUCAGAAAGGACUAGAAGCACUUUUCUGGGACAAAGCUAAAAACAUCAAGAUUGAGGAUACACACGUUCAUCGCCUUCCACUAAUCACCGACAGGAUCCGGGCCACAUUUACUCUCACACCAGACGAUAUCCAAAGGCUCAAGAAUCGCAUCCUCUCUCGGCGACCGAAACUGGCACAUUUCUCCUCAUUUACAGCGAUUUGUUCAUACGUAUGGACUUGUUUGGUAAAAUCGCGAUAUGACGCAAAUACAGAUAACGCCGGCGACGACGAAGACGAGGUGUUCGUUUGCGCGGCUGAUUGCCGGUUACGUUUGGACCCACCGGUUCCAAGAAACUACUUUGGCAAUUGCCUCGUGGGCUGUUUUGGAUGUAUAAAGACUAAGAAACUCGCCGGGGAGGAGGGCUUGUUGGAUGCUGCUGAUGUGAUCGGAGAAAGUAUUCGCCGGCAAUUGUACGAUAAGGAGCGUGGAGUGUUGGGAGGAGCUGAGGAUAAGUUUAAACUGAUAUCUAAAAUGAAGAUUGAUCGAUUAUUGACUGUGAGUGGGUCGCCCAAAUUCGAUUAUUAUGGGUUAGAUUUUGGAUGGGGAAACCCUAAAAAGUUUGAAAUGCCAUCCACUGAUUUAAGUCGUGGGAUAUCAGUUAGUAAAGCUAAGGGCCAUGAAGGUGGUGGCCUGGAGAUUGGUUUGUCAUUGCCCGCCACACAAUUCGACAAUUUUAGCAGGAUUUUCACCCUGGAUUUGAAGGCUUUAUAG